AUGUCAGCCUCCUCCGAGCGCACAAUUUCUGCCGACGGGACUCCAUCUCCGGCAACAAGCCCAAACUCUCUAAACAGUGCACACCACUUUGUUUCGAUAAAAUUGACAUAUCGGAAUUUUCUGUUAUGGAGAACCCAACUAGUCCCUUUCUUUCGUGGCCAGGAGCUCAUGGGAUACGUUGAUGGAGAAUUCCCGUGCCCUCCGGCGAUGAUUGACGCCUCACCGGCGACCAGCGAGUCCACAACGUCAGCCACCACCUCGGUUCCCAAUCCGGCUUACAGGGCCUGGAUUAAGCAGGAACAAACGUUGCUGUCGCUCCUCAUCUCAUCCCUUUCGGAUGAGGUGAUGCACUUUGCGGUCGGACAAUCCACGUCCAAGGCGGUCUGGGAUUCCAUCAACACCGCUCUAGCCAGUUCCACUCGUGCGAGGUGUCUCGGCCUUCUCGGUCAGUUUCACGCUCUCCGGCAGGGUGGCAGUAGCACGACAGAGUACCUCGGACGUGCUCAGUUACUGGUUGAAGAUCUUGCGCACGCCGGUCGCCCGAUUUCCCUUGACGAACAGAAUAUGUUCGUUCUCCGGGGGUUGCGCCAGGAGUAUCGUGCCAUGGCCUCCUCCUUGACAGCAGCCGACACUCCAGUCACCAUUCCCCAGAUUGCAGAUUACCUCCGAGCGCAGGAGUUCUUUCAUGCCGAGGACUAUCCGGCGACUCCUGAUCAUGCUAGCCUAGCCGCGUUCUAUGCAGGUCGCGCCCGCACUGGAGGUCGCGGCAACACAGGCGGACAGAAUUCAGGCCGCGACAACUCCGGCAAUCCGAGUCGCGGCAGAGGUGGUUGUGGUUGUGGUCGUGGUCGCAACGGCAGAGGCGGACCCCCUUGA